CUGGCCUCCGUGGCCCCCGUAGCCCCGCCUUGGACGUGGAGCGUUUAAAGACGGCCGGAGAGCGCCGGCUCCGCUCGCAGCAGCAUGAAGCCACCGCAGCGGCGGCGGGCGGCCCCCGCGCGAUAUCGGGGAGAGCUCACCGGCCCUACGCCCUGGAACCCUCGCGAAAAGCGGCAGCUGCUGCGACUACUACAGGCCCGACGGGCUCAGCCGGAGCCCGACGCCGCCGAGCUAGCCCGGGAGCUGCCGGGCCGGACCGAGGCUGAGAUACGCGACUUCCUCCAGCAGCUCAAAGGCAGAGUGAUCCGAGAGGCGUUCCGUAGGGAGUGUCCACAGAAGCCAAGGCAUCGAGAGGCACAGCCCCCAGCUCCCAUAGAGGUAUGGAUGGAUCUCGCUGAGAAGAUCACAGGCCCACUGGAAGAAGCCCUGACAGCAGCUUUCUCCCAGGUGCUGACUAUCGCAGCCACAGAACCCCUCAGCCUCCUGCACUCCAAACCCCCAAAGCCUACAAAAACUCGUGGAAAGCUGCUGUUCUUGAGCUCCACCAGAGGGCAGGAGGACCCUAAACCUAGGGAUCCUGGCGGCGCCCCUGAAGCCUGUGGCCCCACCCCUGGAGCUCCUGGAACUCCUGGUCCCGCCCUUGAAGCGUGUGGUCCCACCCCUGGAACUCAUGGGGCCGCCCCUGAGGCCUCUGGUCCCACCCCUGGAGCUUCUGGAACUCCUGUCCCCACCCCUGAGACCUCUGGUCCCACCCCUGGAGCUCCUGGAACUCCUUGCCCCGCCCCUGAAGCUUCUGACCCAGACCCUGUGGCUUCCACUGAGGGAGACUUCACUGUGGACUUUGAAAAAAUCUACAAGUACCUAUCAUUCUCCUGCCGAAGUGCCCGAAGCCCUGAGCUGUCAGCAGCAGAGUCAGCUGUGGUCCUUGACCUGCUCUUGUCACUUCCUGAGGAGCUGUCCUGUCUGCCCUGCACAGCCCUGAUGAAGCACAUGGAGGAAACAUAUGCUCGGCUGACAGCCCCAGCCCCACAACCCAAUCCCAAUGGUGGGACCCCUGGGCCUGGGGCUCAAGAUUCUGGAACUGGUCCUAGCAGGCCAGAGGAACCUGGCCAAGUCACCUCACAAGUUCCCGAACCUAGAGAACUGAGAUCAGCCUGGCAAGCAGCUGGGAUGUGCCCUCUGAACCCAUUCCUGGUGCCCCUGGAGCUCCUGGGCCAGGUGGCCACUCCUGCAGAGUAAGGGACACGGAAGAUGGCAGGUAGCCCUGACCUCCUGGAGGCUGGCAUUGGAUGAUCAUGAGGAUUGUGCGGAAGGCUGCUGAGAUGGGGCUGGGACCUGGGCCAAGCCUUCAGAUGCUUCAUCCAUCAGGGAACUCAACACAACCUGAUUGUACAGGGGUUCCCUGGAGGUUGCCAGGCAGCUGUGUUUAUGGCACAAAGUUGCAGCACACACACACACACACACACACACACACAGUCUGAAUUCCUGCAUGGAUGAUGCAGUUGACUUCAUUCUGUUUGGAGGGCCAUAGCUGGUACUCACCAUAGCUCCUCAUGUGCUCUCCCUUGUCUAAGCUUCCAUUAUACCCCCCCAGGCACCAGCCAAUUACUAUCUCACGCUCCCCACCACUGGCUCUUUACCUCUUCCUGCUGUGUCCUGUGACCUUGAAUAAAACUUUUGGCCACCUGUUUGGC